AUGGGGCUCGUUGACUACACGUCAGACGACGAGGACAGCAGCGGUGGUCAGGAUGCCUCAGCCAACGCGCUGGACGAGACGUCGGCUCUUCCGCCACUGCCUCGCGCGUUCCACGACCUCUAUGCCUCCACCGUCCGCACCGCCCCGGCCGACGACCCCAGCCUUCACCAGGGCCGCCAGCGCGCCAUUCCCCACGUCGCUGGCCAGUGGCCGAGCCAUCUCUACAUUGAGUGUAAGGGCGCCCUUCUUCGUUCACACCCUGCUGGACAUCUCCCAUCUAACAUGGCAGGGUUCCCCCAACCACCGGAGCAUGCCCAUCUGAGCCGGCUGCUGGACAUGCUUCGCGCAGCUCUUCACGGUGCCCUACAAAGCGGCGGCGGCGGCGACGACGACGACAACGACGACGCCGCGCCUCUGUUCCAUUCGUUCCUGACGAGCGACCUGGGCGCGCCGCUGCCGCUACACAUCAGCCUGUCGAGGCCGUUUGUUCUCACCACUGCUGAAAAGGCGGCGUUUGUGACGCGGCUGGAGGACUGCGUAAAGGCAUCCGGCGUCGAGCGCUUCGACGUGGCGUUUGGCGGCCUGGAUUGGCACCGCAGUCCGGACUCGGCCCGGGCCUUUUUGGUCUUGCGCGUCGUCGUCGUCGAGGACAGACGCCGGUCCAGAAACGAACCGCUCGUCAGCCUCCUAGAGCAGUGCAACAAACAGGUGACGGACGCGGGCCAGCCGGCGCUGUACACGAAAUCGCCGGCCGUGGCCGGCGACGACAGCGAUGUGGACCCUGCGUCGUUCCACAUGUCGGUCGCGUGGACGUUGGCGCCCACGACCACACUUGACGCAUGGGCGGACGCCACACAAAACGCAUACGACGACUGGCAGCAGCUGAGAGCGGGCAAGGACGAACCGCCACUCACUUUUGCCGUGGAAAGCAUCAAGGCCAAAAUUGGCAACGUGGUCACAGACAUUCCACUCCGGCCCGCGUCCAUUGCAGCAUCCGCCUCAACGACGACGACGAAAACAACAACGGACGCGGCGGUGGACCGUCUCCCACGGCAAUCAAAACGGUCGCGAUCGGAUAGCAGCGACGCGCUGUCUGAACGGCGGCGCAACAGCAAGAAGAGCCUGUUUGGAUUGUGA